AUGGCUCUUGGCCAACAAUCGUCAUACAUGAAUCUGAACCACCCCGAUCCACGCCACUCCGUUUCUAGUCAAGGGAAUCAAGGAUACCAAAGUGACAUCCGGACCAUGACUGGUCCAUAUGGGCACUACGGGCUGCAAGCAGCGCAGCAGGGAGCCUACGAUGGCGGACAGGUCGACCCAGGCUGGACAGAACGGGUAUUGGAGGAAAUGAAGGACAUGUUAUUGCUAUUAGAUGCCGACGGUAAAGUUGCCUAUGCAUCGCCUUCCUCGAAGCAAAUCACAGGCCGGGGCUCGAAGCAGCUGGAGGGGAAUACUAUCACAGAGCUUAUACAUGAAGACGAUAAGGCUGUCUUCGUCCGCGAUAUGAACGAAUCAGUCAUUGGCAAUCGACCAUUCCGCUCGCACGCCCGACUCCAGAAAACCAAUAAUACAUAUUGCCUCGUCGAGAUCUACGGCCAUCCGCAUAUCGGUCGCGACAAUGUGCCGCGCGCUGGAAAUGUGUCUCCCCAAGAGCGUUGUCUAGGAUUCUUCCUCGUUUGUCGGCCACACCCCUCGAAAAACUCGUUACUCCUCGACUCCUUCCUUGAACAUAAAAUCGAGAAUGCGCGUCUAGUACAGCACAUCGCGAAACUUAAGCAAGAAGAGGAGGAAGAAGAAGAAGGAAUCUCGCGGGGUCCGUAUGGAACCAUGGAUGGUGAUAGGCAAUUCGCAGAUAGUUCCCUCGGGCAUGCUGUCUUAAGCGAUCAGGACUCGAGCGAAACUGCGGCUCCAUGUUCAGAUGAUUCUGACGCUAGCCAAGACCUGGAUUACUUCUCAGAAAGACCACCUGCCAUGGGUCAUAUGUCACAUGUUGACGGAAUUGAAGUGAUGACAGGCCUGAACUAUGCCGAUGGCGAACGAUCCCAGGGUCUAAGUACUGGUAAUCGCGGUGGUAAAUUAAUACAAUGUAGUAUCGAUAUUACCACCGCAGCUGAUCAAGCCCGGACUGUGCAAGAAGGCGACCGACGCAAGAGGCUCAAGGGCCAACAUUCUUGCAGUGACUGUGGAACAGGAGAUUCUCCUGAAUGGCGGAAAGGGCCUAAUGGACCCAAGACCUUAUGCAACGCCUGUGGUUGUAAGUUUCAUGCUAUUAUCCCUGUCCGUAUGUCACCCAUAUCUAAUGAAUACCCCUCAGUGCGUUGGUCGAAGAAGGAGAAAAAGCGUCAAGCGUCCACAUAA